UAGGGGACAAUCGCACUCUCUACGGUUCUGUCGGUUCAGUCACACUGCGUCACUUGAUCGAGCGACUUCGUGCUCGUUUCUUUCCUUUUGGACUCGUUGACUACUAUCCUUUUUAUUUAGUUUCUCUUCUAUCGUGUCUCGAAUAAAUAUCUGUCGUCUCUUUAUUUUUUCUUGUUUUUUUUUUAUCUAAAAAAUAGUUUUAUUGCUGUUGCGAAUAUAAACAUUUAGUCUUUGGAAAGCAAAAGGACAAAAUAAGAUUAAUAACUGAAAAUAGAAAUUUUUCAACGACAUUCCAUCUUUACUGCAUUGAUAUUCCUAAAAGUUCCGAGGUGCACGUGAACCUACCGAUUGAAUCUGCCUGCGAACCAUCUGUGUUCCUCAUCGACCGAUCAUCUCUCGGAUUUAAAAGGAAUCGUUUGCUAGUUUAAGUGGCAAACAAGGUUAAAAGGCCCCAAUCAUGAACGGAAUUUCCAGUCAAUGUACUAAAAUUAAGGAUCUAAAUAUAUAUGAUGACGAAGACAAACACACAAUGAUGAUAAAAAAACCGGGACCAUUGAGGACCGUUUCCUGGUCAGAGAAUGUCGAGGAAAGUAACUUGGAUGUACCGGGAACUCCCAGAACUCCGCGAACUUCCACAACGCCAGGUCACGAAAAAUGCACGUUUCACCACGAUUUGGAGCUAGAUCAUAGGCCACCCACGCGCGAAGCGCUUCUUCCGGAAAUGUCACGAAGUUACAAGUUACUUUUGAGCUCGCUUGGCGAGGACCCGAAUCGACCAGGUCUUUUGAAAACUCCGGAACGUGCCGCGAAAGCUAUGCUGUUUUUCACGAAGGGUUACGAUCAAUGUAUCGAUGAUAUUAUAAAUGAUGCGGUUUUCGAUGAAGAUCACGAUGAGAUGGUUGUGGUGAAGGAUAUCGAGAUGUUCUCCAUGUGUGAACAUCAUUUAGUACCUUUCUAUGGGAAGGUGUCGAUCGGUUAUCUUCCUUGUAAGAAGAUCCUUGGUCUCAGUAAAUUAGCCAGGAUUGUAGAGAUCUUCAGUAGACGUCUUCAAGUGCAAGAACGUCUUACCAAACAAAUCGCAGUGGCGGUAACGAAAGCAGUGCAACCAGCAGGAGUGGCUGUAGUCGUCGAAGGAGUACAUAUGUGUAUGGUGAUGAGAGGAGUGCAGAAAAUAAAUAGCAAGACAGUUACAUCAACGAUGCUUGGCGUAUUCCGGGAUGAUCCCAAGACUCGUGAGGAAUUCCUUAAUCUGGUUCACAAUAAGUAAAUUUCUUUCUUCGAAGUAUGAUUUUUUAUUAAUGGCCAAGGGACCACUGUAUUUAAAAUGGCCCCCAAUACUUUUCUUCUUUUAACAUUUUUGUCAUACUGCUACCUCACUACAGAAAGCAUCGAAAAACAAAUUGAUUUGAUGACAUGCUUUCUUGUAACAUUCCUUUUACUUUUUUAAGGAAUAUUUUGUACACAUAACAUUUUAAAAUAAUAUUUUUUUAUUUUAAUUAUUUUUUCAUGUAGUUAGGAUAGUCAUACCGACAUAACAAUGAUGUCUAAGACGUUUUUCAAGACUCUUAAACUGCUGAUUGAAUGACACAAAGACAAUACGGUAAUUACAUAGGGAAAUUUUUCAUAAGUUUUAUAAAUUAGUAUUUCUAUGUAAAGAAAAACUUAUGAAUCAUUUCCCGAAAUAUACAUAUUUGAGAAAGUAUGUGAUAUUUUCGUUAGAUAUCCAACAUUGCUAAUAAUAUACAUAUAUUAAUAAUAUUAUUAUGCUGCUGGACCAGCUAUAAUUAUGUUUUUGAUUAUUGUUAUAUUUUGCAAAUACUUUCAUAAUGUUAUUAAUAUAUACAGAAAAUGACUAAACAGCAUUUAAAGUGUCUUUGGUAAAGUAACUGCGCCGUUUAUAAAAAUAAAUUUUAAAAAAAAAGUUUCGAGACCGAGAUUUCUCGAUCGGUAUGAACUGAACGAUUGCCAGAACACUUUCAACCAAUGGCCUCGUAAUUCGUGACAAUACAUAUUUUAGAUUCUAUACUAUGCAAUUCUGACUGAAAAGUGUUCGCGUCGCGUUACAUCAUACCAAACGAGAAACACAGAUAAGCUUAUUAUAUUUUAGAAGUAAUUUCUCACGACGAUUAAACGAUAAAUCUUUUGAUUUCGUUAUCGUUUCCAGCUUGUAAAACGUUAACAGCCAUACGUUUUACAACACAAAAUGUUUUAAUGUUAAUUUUUUUCUAUUUUUUAAUUUUUUAUUGUAUACGAAUAUAAUUACUUAAUUACAAACAAAUAUUAUUUAAAAUAUUAUAAUACAAAAUUAAUAUAUUAUUAUAUAUGUUCAUAAUUUUUUUUAAGAAUAUAUAAAAUAUUUUAUGAAAAAAAAUAACUUUGACAUAUUUUACAGCUAUUCAAUGUGUAUCAGAAAACAUUCAAAAAUUAAAAAAAAAACAGUGUGAUUAUUAUUAAGAUACUUUUAAAAUAUUUUAAUAUCAUUGUAUAAUAAUAUUUAUAUAUGAUUUUAUUUUGUUUGUUUUAAGUAAUAAAAUUAAUUUUUUCUAUCGAAAUUAUUAAAAAUUAUGUUAAAAAAUAUGUUAAAAAUGAUAUUUAGUACUUAAAAGAAUAAAAUAUUACAUAUUCAUAAAUAUUAUACAUUUAUAAACUUAUUAGUUGUGGCAAAUUUUAUCAUUUAAUUUUAAAACUUAAUAACUUAACAAAUUAAAAAUUAAUAAAUUUAAAAUUAUUAAAAUCUAAGUUAUAUUUAAUUAAAUUUUUAUUCAUUGAAUUGUGUAAAUUAAAUAAUUUAUGAAUAAUAUUUGAAAUAUUAUGUAUGUAUAACGUUCGAUAUAAUAUUAUACAAAUUUUAUGUACUUCAAAUCUAUUUUACGUAAGUGAAAAAUAUCUUAAUUAUUUAUGAGAAUGAAUGUUUAAUAUUUAUAAUAUUUUUCUGAUAAUAUUAUAUAAAAUUAUAUUUAUACUUUCAA